GUCCCCCACUCCGAGGUUGCGGUCUGCCGGUGCCCUGGGGGCAGUCCCGUAAGUGCGAGCUCGCCAUUGUCCACGAGCGCGAGUGACUGCAACCAUUCCACGGGUUGUGGAGUCUAUGCUUUCCUGUAUGAUCGGUGUUUGUGUUGCUGUGGGCCUUUCUUUGGCGUGCGGAUGCCCUGACAAGAGUGUGCUCGCAGUCUACGCGGAUCAGAGAACCUUAGUAUGCACUGAGAGGGGAAGGAGACUGAAGAUGGAUAGAUCAGAUACUGAAGAGUUCGAGGCAUGUCUUUGGCUUUGGAAGAAAGGAAUCGUGCGACAGUAUGAAAGUUUGUACCGCCCUCAUCGCAGCAGGUAAUCCGACGGCGUGCAUCCACCAAAGCAGAACUUCAAGCUCAGUGACCAACCCAACAAAGAGAGAGGAGACAUUUCAUGCUGAGAGUCGGUGACC